AUGUCGGUGGAGGAUAUCUGCGGUAGAGCUGAAAUUUUCAGUGAUGAUCGGGAAGAAGCUGAGUGGUUAUCUAUGCCUCUUUCUCAUCUUAGAGUGCUUGCAAAUGAAAUAAUGUCUCUUCGAGCAAAGGGGCAUCUACAUUUGGCCCCUGUAGAUUCUUUUGUUAGAUUGUUAAGGAUUUUAGAUCAUCAGAUACAUCGAGCUGAAGGCUUGUCUAUAAGUACAUGUGAGCAGGUGAGCUUGUUUUAUGUCCUGCAUUCUUUCUUGCAUAUAGCAUAG